CACCGACAAUCCUUCUCGUUAUAGAUUGCCAACUCCUGCAUUGCGCGUCCAUGCUGUUGUGGCUGUCCUGCUGAGCUCCAGUUAUGUUGCCGUUGUCGUGAUUUCGCGCUGCUGCACUCCAACGUCACUCGCUCCCCCCGCCAUACUUGGUGUAGAUCAAUCGGCGCGCACCGCCACCAUCUCUUCAACACCACCACCGCCGUCUGCUAUCCUGUGCGCCCACCAUCUCUACCCACCUGGCCAGCUGUUGCUGCUGCCAUAUACACUCUCUCCCCAUCCUGUCCUUCGACAUUCCUUUCCGCGCGCCCUCCGGCCUCCUCCCCCGGCUCUCCGCCAGCUGCUCAUCUCAAUCGUUACCUCACCCCCUCUGCAGCCAUGAGCUCUACUCCCGGAAACGAGCAGGGUGCCGAUUCCUUUGACUAUCCUUCGCCCGCCGAUUCUCUAGAUAGCUUCGAUGCCUCCCCCGCUCCCUCGCCCUCAUCCGAGCCUCCACGGCCCACCAUCCGCACACAGUCAACAUCAGGUGCCACCGCCGCAGGUAUGACGGCUUCCUCUACACCCUUGGGAAACAUCAAUGCCGCUCGAAAUCCUCGUGCCAACGUCCCUACCAUAUCCAGUCGAGGUAGCGGCCUCAACGUAUCACAAGAUAUCUUAGCCAGAAUCCAGGCUGUACAUUUGGGUCGACAGGGCGCUCCCCCAGCCGCAACGACAGGACGGUCACCUUCUGCAAGUGGGCCUGCGAAUCCUACUCCCGGACAAGCGGGAAUGGCGUCCCCUCCGCUCCCGGGCGGCAUUCCAGCAAAUUUUCGGAUGCCCGUUGGCGUGAAACCGAGCCUGCACAACUUUCAGUCUGCACCAGCAAUACCCAACCUCGCGUCUGGAGGGGCGAAUAAGCCUUCGCUAGCAGAGAAAAGAGGUCUCAAACUGCCAGGUGGGCUUCCCGGCGCCGGCCCAGCGGGUGGCUCCCCAGCGCCUAAGAGGAAAGGUCCAGGCUUGAAGCUGUCCCAGAUCAAUGGUGACAGGAACCCGCAAGAGGAGGGGGUACGGAGACAAGAGAGUAUGAUGGACCGAUACGCCGACUUCCUGGAUAAGGAAACUGGGAGUUUAACAUUCAAGGGCAAGGCGGUGCUGAACUCGGAAGGCGUACAAUUCGCCAGCGGCACUACUUUCAACAUCUCCCUGGACGAGGUGGACACUCUCGACGAGCUCGGAAAGGGCAACUACGGUACUGUCUACAAGGUUCGGCAUAGCAGACCGCGGAUGAGACGGCCGGGCCAGGGUCUAGCUGGCAAUAAAGCUCCGCCAGGCUCAGGUAGCGACAGCAGCGACUCCUCGCCAGCUACCGCGAAGCCAUCGGGCGGGACCGGUGUCAUCAUGGCCAUGAAGGAGAUGCGCCUGGAACUGGAAGACGCCAAGUUUGCUUCCAUCAUCAUGGAGUUGGACGUCCUCCACCGUUGCAUAUCCCCCAAUAUUGUGGAUUUCUACGGCGCCUUCUUCCAAGAGGGGGCUGUAUACAUAUGCAUGGAGUACAUGGAUGGAGGCUCCAUAGACAAGCUGUACGGUGACGGUGUCCCGGAGAACGUUCUGCGCAAGAUUGCCUUCUCCACAGUCAAGGGACUGAAGACGUUAAAGGACGAGCACAACAUUAUACACCGAGAUGUGAAGCCAACCAAUAUCCUCAUCAACACGAGAGGCGAGAUCAAGAUUUGCGACUUCGGUGUUAGUGGAAACCUGGUUGCAAGCAUCGCCAAGACGAACAUUGGAUGCCAAAGCUACAUGGCCCCAGAGAGAAUCUCUUCGGGCGGAAUUGCCCAAGCCGGUGCGAAUCCCGGAGGCGGUACCUACAGUGUGCAAAGUGAUAUCUGGAGCUUAGGCUUGACCAUGAUCGAAUGCGCUUUGGGGCGGUACCCGUACCCCCCUGAAACCUACGACAACAUUUUCAGCCAGCUUAGCGCAAUCGUAGAUGGAGAACCGCCAGAUCUACCCGAAGAAGGCUUUUCAGAAGCAGCGCGCAACUUUGUGAGGGGUUGCCUGAACAAGAUACCCAAACUUCGACCGACCUACGCGAUGCUGUUGCAGCAUGCAUGGUUUGCACCCCUCGUCAAGCCUGAGACCAUCAGCGAGGAGGAUGAGGAAGCCGAAGCCGAGGCGGAAGCCAACUCCGCAGGGCAGUUAGAUUCACCCGCCUCCCCAGGCACGGAAAAGGUGGUCGACAAAGAGGUUGCCGAUUGGGUGAAGGAGUGUCUUGCGAAACGCAAGAACGGCACACUGGGCAAAGGGGCGAAGAAACCAGCGCUCCACGCAGCUCCUUUGGAUGUGGUACCGAGUCCUGGACAGAAGAAUGGGACACCAGCUAUGGAAUUUGCCGUCCCAGCGUAGGUGGAAAAGCGGGAGUUCAGCACACCCCAUCGGCAGCAUCCUCGAUACAACUGCAGUAAAUUGGACAUGCGCCCCCUGCGAUUCGGUACUGUUGCGACGAUUGACUGGCCGGUCCAGUCAUUGACCUAUUUUGUUGAUUACGGUGAAUGGGGAAGCAGAUGCUGAUCGUAUUCACGGCCGCUGCUUUUCUCUGCAAGAUGUGGGCACCUCCUGGUUGGGAUCAUAAGUACAUGCAUGGCUGGUUUCACAUUUUGAGCGAUUAAGAGGCUUGUGAUUGAUUUUUGGGCAUUGGUUUCGCAUACUGUUCUGCACCCUCGCUGUCAGACUACCCACUCAAAGGCUUGCUGGUAUACAUGUAGAAGUGAAUGUAGUUUUACAUACAGAGUUCGAUUGACCAAAUUGUGGUAAAUCGCCGUCAUAGCGAAUACUCACGACCAAUCUAUAUCGGUUUUGAACACAG